AUGGUGGCCCAUCAGGAAUCUUCUGCCGUCUCCGCUGCGGCUUUCGUCGCCAGCACCGUCCCAAACGGCGUUUCGGCGAAAGGCGUGCUGGCGAAAAGUUACGAAAGUGACGGACCUGUCGCGAAUGGGGUUACCAUCGCCAACGCUGUCGCAAACGUGGAGAAUGCGUUUAACGAGCUGAAGAAGACGAUUGUGAACGUCGGAGCAGACAGCAUCGUUCCGGUGGAGGGGAAGAAUAACAAAUCGGAGAAGGUGGAUGAGGAGAAGGAGAGUGAAACGGAGAAAGCGGAGAAUGGAAAGGAGAAUGAUGCGGAGACAAUGGAGGAUGAUGAGGAUUACGAGGAGGAAGAAGAGGAGCAGUACGAGUAUCCGUAUGUAGUAGAUUCCGCAUUUCCCUCCGUCUUCCCCCCCUUCCUCCCAGUCAUCCACCCUUCCUGCCUAUCGGUACUCCCCCCUUCCCACACGAAACCUCUUCACUUCCCCUUCCCCUCUCACCUAAUUCAUCGCAUCUGCCUCGUGCCAUCUACCUUGUUCGCCCGUCCCAUCCUCGCUCUCGCUUCCCCGUCGUUCUCAUCCCGCUUUUCCCUCCGUCCCUUCCCCCUCCCCAUUCUCUCCCACAUCCCCCCUCUCCCCCGCUUUUCCCCUCUUCUUCCCCCCCUCCCCCACCCCCCUUCCCCCUUCCCCCAACCCUCCCCCUCCCCCUCCCUUUCCCCCCAGGUGGAUCCCCCGCCAUCCCUCCCUCGUGCGCCUAACCGGAAAGCACCCCUUCAACUGCGAGCCGCCGCUUUCCCGCCUCCUGACCUCCGGACUGCUAUGAAGGAUGGGUGGUGGCGCAAAAAGGAGUAUAUUUGCAACGAGCUGGCGAUUAAUUCGGCGAUAGUUAGUCCGGAUCAUGGUGACGUGGUGGCUUUGGAGGGCGGCGCGGGCCGGCAGGUAGUGACGAUGAAGGGGUACGCGUACUCGGGUGGCGGCAGGAGGGUGACACGUGUCGAGAUCACAUUGGAUGGAGGGAGCACGUGGCGGCUGUGUGACAUCACCCACCCCAGCCCUCCCACUCGCCACGGCAAGCACUGGACGUGGAGCCUGUGGGCAACCGAAGUCCCCGUGAUCGACCUGGUGGGGGCGAGCGAGGUUGCAGUUCGGGCGUGGGAUGAUGCCACCAACACGCAGCCCGAUAAGCUGACCUGGAACGUCAUGGGCAUGAUGAACAACUGCUGGUUCCGAGUGCGAGUGGCCCCCACGGUGACGCCAGAAGGCUCCAUCGGCCUGCAGUUCAUCCACCCCACCCGCCCCGGCAACCUCCCUGGCGGCUGGAUGGUGUAUGAUUGCACCAAGUUUCUCAAGGACCACCCGGGCGGCAGCGAGAGCAUCACCAUCAAUGCGGGCACGGAUGUCACAGAGGAGUUUGAUGCGAUUCACUCGGAAAAGGCUAAGAAGAUGCUCGAGGAGUACUAUAUAGGGGAUGUGGCGGGAGAGGGCGAGGAGGAGGGGCCUUCUGCUGCUGCUGCUGUGACUGUUCCUGCUGCAACGCCCGCCCCCACUCCUCUCCCUGCCUCACCCACUGCCCUCCACCCCACCACACUCGACCCCAAGAAGCGAAUCUCCGUGCCUCUCCUCUCCAAGGUCUCCCUCUCGCCGGACGUCCGUCGCUUCCGUUUCGCCCUCCCCUCGGCCAAUCACAUCCUCGGGCUCCCGGUCGGCAAGCACUUGUUUGUUUGUGCCAAGGUGGGCGGCAAACUGGUGAUGCGCGCGUACACGCCGACCACCUCGGACGAAGACGGGGUGGGGUAUUUCGACCUGGUGGUGAAGGUCUAUUUUAAGGGGGUAGUUCCGCAGUUUCCCGACGGCGGGGUUAUGUCACAGCACCUAGAGUCACUAUCGGUCGGUGACACUAUCGAGAUUAAGGGACCUUUGGGUCAUAUAGAGUAUCUCGGGCGAGGAAAGUUCCUGGUAAGUGGGGAGGAGAAGCAGGGGAAGAAAUUGGCCAUGCUGGCGGGAGGCACCGGAAUUACCCCCAUUUAUCAGGUGGCAAAAGCGAUUCUGGCUGAUCCGGAGGAUAAGACGGAGAUGUGGGUGCUGUUCGGAAACAGGUCGGUGGCUGACGUGCUGCUACAAGACGAAAUGGACCGGUGGGUUGAACAGUACCCGGGAAGGUUCCAUGUUUGGUACACUAUUUGCGAGCCUGUGCCUGAAGGGUGGAAGUAUGGGAUUGGGUUUGUCACUGCUGCAAUGGCCAAUGAGAGGCUGCCACGUGGCGGGGAGGACAGCCUGGCGCUGAUGUGUGGCCCUCCGCCCAUGAUCAGGGCGAUGACGCCUUUGCUGGAGGGGAUGGGUUACUCUAGUGAUCGCUUGUUGACGUUUUGA